AUGAUAGGCCAGUGCGUGAAGAACAUGCAAACCUCAGGCUAUCAGGGGGAACAUGGCCCCAUGGACCGCCAAGUUCUCUGCUGCCCCCUUGUAGAGUUCACCUCUCCCCAAGGAAGCAGUUUUGGUCAGCGCAGAGGGAUCCGGCCACCCCAGGCGAUGGCCAGGGACAGAGGUGAGGACUGCCGUCAUGUCCCGCCCGCUGUUUGCUGCACGCCAUGGGUGUCUCGCUCCAGGACCUUGCUUCAGACGUUCAAUGAAAAUUCUCUUAAGAGAUUAAGUGCCUACUUAGAAAACCUCCAGAAAUCAGGCUUCAAGUCUUUGAAACCAACCCAGCUUGUGUUUUAUGUAAGAGAAACAGACCGGAAUUCCUCUGAUGGCCAGGAACACUUCAGCACUUCAGGAUUUCGAGCAGUCAAAUUUACUUUGCACACCAGAGAUCUGCUAAGCACAGUAUUAUAUAUUCUCAACUCCUGCAGUUUAUCCAUUGAACAUAUCCAAAGCUUGAAUACUAAUGUGCAUUCCCAGCCUCUCAAAGAGGCCAAAAGGAUAUCUGACAGGCCCAUCAAAUGGGACAAGUCUUACUACUCCUUUACUGGGUUCAAGGACCCUGAUGAAGACCUCGAGCAAGUCUGGAGAAUGGAAACAACCCUAACAUCCUGGUUAGAUAACAAUGGGAAAAGUGCUGUUAAAAAGCUGAAGAAUAGUUUGCCACUUAGAAAAGAACUAGAUCGUUUAAAAGAUGAACUGUCCCAUCAAUUGCAGCUCUCGGAUAUCAGGUGGCAGAGGAGCUGGGGCAUCGCCCACCGCUGCAGCCAGCUGCACAGUUUAGGCCGCUUAGCCCAGCAGAACUUGGAAAGCCUUAAAAAUGCAAAAGGAUGUACAAUAAUAUUUACAGACCGGUCCGGGAUGAGUGCAGUGGGCCAUGUGAUGCUGGGAACAAUGGAUGUCCAUCAUCACUGGACAAAACUUUUUGAAAGAUUACCGAGUUAUUUUGACCUGCAGAGGAGGCUGAUGCUACUGGAGGACCAAAUAAGCUAUCUUCUAGGUGGCAUCCAAGUUGUUUAUAUCGAAGAAUUACAGCCAGUGUUGACACUUGAAGAAUAUUACUCUCUUCUCGACGUGUUCUAUAAUAGACUCUUGAAAAGUCGAAUACCUUUUCACCCUCGAAGUUUGUGUAGUUGGCAAAUGAUCCUUAACAGGAAUUAA